AUGGGAAGUCCCGUGUCAACAACCUUCAGACGGACGGACAUCUUAUGCCGCAAUCUUCCCCGACUUCUUGCGUACCUCAAUUUGGUCAAAUACUCCCGUCUUCCGCGGUUCGCUCCAUCCUGGCCCCAAACUCCCCUCUCGUGGGCACUGCCAACUUGGGAGAUCAGAUCCCCGGGUAAGAACCUCGGCCCGCCAUAUUGA